UGGAGAGAGACGUGCUUUCAGUGAAGCAGAGGAGGGGCCAGUGAUAGAAGCUGUUUACACACAAGAGGAAAUCUGUGAUCAGGAGUGGUGUGGAAGAAUAAUGGAGAUUACAGACCUGACAAUUGUAGAAAGUAAAGAGAUCCCUGAACUUGAACCUGUCCACAUUAAAAAGGAGGCCGUAGAGCUGGAGUGUGUUCACAUAACAGAGGAAGUUUAUAAAGAAAAUAAAGUCAUUACACUGGAGGAGAAUAUAGUUAAGAUGGAAUCUAGCCGCUGUGAGGAUUGUCCUCCUGAACAGAUCUGCAUGAAAUCCAAUCAGCCUGUCUCUGAAGACACUGGUUCUAGUGUUGGAGAAGAGGGCACUGUGCUGGGAUCCAUUCAGAGGAAACAUCAACCCCCUCAGGAAAGAGCUGCAGAUGGAAAGGAGGAAGGAGCGAUGCCGUCCACGAGCAGCACAGCAUAUCUAGGAAGACACACCUCCACUCCAGCACCCCAGAGCAAAAUCUCUUCUGAUGGGAAACUGCAGCGUAAGCAGAAACACAGAGAGUCGACACCCCAAGAUGAAUAUGUGAAGAAACUGAGAACUGACUCGGUUCAGAAUCUUUCUGCACAAGAUAGCCGACCACUUCCUGUGGGAUAUACAGCGACUCCACAUCCCGACAGCUCUGCAACCCAGGGCAACUUCAUUUCCCUACAAACUCCCCAGCAGAUUCCUUCAGAGCAGAUCUUGUAUCACUGUACUGUAUGUGGCACCAAUUUCAGUGACCGGGGAAAGCUGAAAAUACACCAGCGUAUUCACACGGGGGAGAAACCAUUUCACUGUGCUGAUUGUGGGAAGACAUUCAGAUUUGCAAUUGGAUUAAAACUACACCAGCGUAUUCACACAGGAGAGAAACCGUUUAACUGUGCUGAUUGUGGGAGGAGUUUUAAUCAGAAAUGUAACCUUCAAACACACCAGCGAAUUCACACAGGAGAGAAACCGUUUAACUGUGCUGAUUGUGGGAAGACAUUCAGAUUUCCAACUGGAUUAAAACUACACCAACGUAAUAACACAGGAGAGAUACCAUUUCACUGUGCAUAUUGUGGGAGGAGUUUUAAUCAGAAAUGUAAAUUUCAGUUACACCAGCGAAUUCACACGGGAGAGAAACCAUUUGUGUGUUCUGACUGUGGGAAGUGUUUUAAACAGAAACGUAGACUGCAAACUCACCAGCGAAUUCACACAGGAGAGAAACCGUAUGAGUGUCUAGUAUGUGGGAAGAGUUUCAGUCGGAGGGACAACCUCAGAACACACCACAUAACCCACACGGGAGAGAAACCUUUUGAGUGUAGUGAGUGUGGGAAGAGAUUUGUAGAGUCAAAUAAACUAAAGAAACACAGUCUAGUUCACAGAGAUGUUGUCAGUCAGGACACAAAAACAAUUCAGUUUACUCAAUGAAAGCAUCUCAAUCACACCAGAAUACCAAAGCAGACCCUGCGUCUCUCUCGUCGGUCUCAAAUGCAGGGAGCUGUGAAAAUAAAUGAAUUCAACUCAAAAAAUCCCAAGCCUGCUGUGUAUGCAAAUGAUUGUAGCCCUGUUUCCUACAGCAGUGCUUCUGAAACUGGGAGGCACAGAAUGUAUCCUGGGGGGGUUGAGAAAGCUCAGGGAAACGUGUAGAAAUGACCGCGCACAUCUUAACCUGUAUAUAUAUUAAAACAAAUGCUACUGCUGACACCUCCUGCCACACGAAGUACCGCAACCCUGCACUUUUGCAA